AUGUCUAAUUGGCUCUUAUAUGUUGCAUCAGCGUUGUUGCUCCUAGUUUCAUCUACCGCGGUAGAAUCUGGCGGUGCUGGUGGUGACACCCACGCACUUCUAAUCAAUACCCUUUUGAGCAACUAUUCUAAAUACACUCGACCAGUGAUAAACGCAACAACUACAACAGUUGUGUCCCAUCGUAUACUGCCUAUACAAAUACUUGAUGUGGACGAGAAGAAUCAAAUUAUAACGCUAAAGGUUUGGUUGGCACUGAGAUGGUAUGACGAAUUUCUUACAUGGAAUCCAUCUGACUUUGGAGGCAUUAAUGUAGUCAACAUUCCAGUUGAUCUGAUAUGGCAACCAGACAUAUACUUAUAUGGAAGUACAUCUAAAGACUUCGUUAGACAUCUUGACACCGAUGUCCAAAUAUACCCAGAUGGUUUAAUAAUUGCACCUCAACCUGUUAUUUACAAAUCAACAUGUGAAAUAGAUGCUACGUUUUUCCCGUUCGACCAACAAGAAUGUUAUCUGAAGUUUGGGUCAUGGACGUAUGAUGGAUUUCGAAUUGAUCUUGAUAUUUACCCUAAUUCAGGGAAACUCGACAAUUAUAUUGCAAACGGCGAGUGGCAUUUAUUUGAAAUACCAAUUGUUAAACACGUGGCGUUCUAUAUUUGUUGCAUCGAGCCCUACCCGGAUAUAACAUAUACAUUGAUCUUUCAACGCCGGUCUCUCUUCUACUUUUACACACUGGUCAUACCAGCCAUUCUUCUUUUCGUACUGGUCCUCGUUGGCUUCUACCUACCAUCGAACUGUGGUGAAAGGAUGACGCUGUUUGUUACAAGUAUGUUAGCUCUGAUAGUGUUCCUAACUUUGGUCAGUGAAUACAUGCCACCGACAUCGAAUUCGACGCCGUACUUACAACGCUACCUGUUAUCCAUGAUUGGCUUUGUAUCAGCAGCGUCGGUUCUGACGGGAAUUAACAUCAACAUACACUUCCAGGCACCCGGAUGUCCACCAAUUCCCCGAUGGCUGCAAAACGUGGCGUUCAAUUAUUUGGCCGUGAUUGCGUGCAUGCGUGGAAGAGUGAAAACGUAUUUGAAGCAUCAGAUUGAAGCUAUGUCUGAAAAUGAAUAUUCAGGCAACAAAGAAAUAGAAGCAAGUCAUGGUACUAUAGACGAUGCAGAACAUGUUCGUCAGAAGUCACUAAUUCUACAAGCGGACAAUAUAUCGUAUAAUUAUCGUGUCCAGGGUUGGCAAUUAUUAGCUCAAAUUCUAGAUAGAAUAUUGUUGAUAUGUUUUCUUUUGGCAUUCGUUAGUAUUUCCGUAGGAAUGUUUACUUUUCUGUAUACGCAAAAGAAGGGUCCGUCACAUGCGCAUUAA